AUGGGAUUGAUCAUUUUUAUUGAUUACUUUUCCAUUUCUUUCCUGCUGAAACUAAAGAAUCUGAAGGUGGAGAAGGUUGAGUGCACGGUCCAGUUUCUCCAGUCCAGAAAACUUCUCCCACUGGAUGGGGAAGCUGAGGAUAAAGAGUACCAGUCAGGGUUCCAGCAUUGCCUAGAGACAAUCUUGCAUUUCAUGAACUCCAAACCUGACAUGAAUGGUGUGACCAAUGAGUUCCUCUCCCACCAGCUGUCCUCCUAUAAGCCAUCUCCAAACACCUGGAGUCCCACCUGUGCUCCACUGACAAAACACAAGCCUUCUCUUGGCUUUCAAGACUCAGUAUCACAUUUAGCUUCUAACAGCAUCUCCGUCAGCCCUACAAAGACUCUGGUUGACAGUCACUUCUCUCACCAAACCUUCAAGAUCUGGAGAACCGGGGUUUGA